UCGUCCUGCUGAAUGUGUUCUCCCUGCAGCGGAGUUCACGGUAACGGAGAGCAAGCGGAGGAAGAUGGAGAAGGGCACCGCGCAUCCCACGGCUCCUCCGGUGUGAUUUCCUCUACCUCACACUCACCUCACUCUUCCUCCCCGUGUGCCUGCAUCUUGGCUUAUCUUGGCUUUUUUUCCCCCCUCUUCCUUUUUGGCACAUGGAGGCGGAGCGGCGCUGCAUCUCCUAACGAAAACCUACCGAGGAGAUCUGACCGAAAACUGUAAAUGUGUGUGUGUCUGUGUGUGUGUGUGUGUGUGUGUGUGUGUGACCUAAAGGCGACUUGGAUGUAACCCUCACCGAACGAUCCUGGGAAUGAAUCACUCAUCAGCGCCGCGGUAGACGCGCUCGCGUCCUGCGCGUUAUCCGGGCCAGCGCGCGCUGAGGAUGCGGCUGGUGGCGCGGGCACCUGUCCUGGUUUCACACCGGCUCGGUGCGUCCCGGUAGACCGGUCGUGUCCGGUGCUGCGGUGUCCACAGGGGCCGACAUAGUGAUUUCCUUUUUUUUUUCGUUGAAUAACCGGAUCCGCCACCGGCAGCAGCCCGAGAGAUGGAUAACUACUCGACUUUACAACUGCAGUGUCUGGAAAUGACCACUAAGCGGAAGCUGAUUGGCCGGCUGGUGCCGUGCCGCUGUUUCCGCGGCGAGGAGGAGGUGGUCUCGGUGUUGGACUACUCCCACUGCAGCCUGCAGCAGGUCCCCAAAGAAAUCUUCAGCUUCGAGAGAACUCUGGAGGAGCUCUACCUGGACGCCAACCAGAUUGAGGAGCUACCCAAGCAACUCUUCAACUGCCAGGCCUUGAAGAAGCUGAGCAUGCCCGACAACGACCUCUCCAGCCUGCCCACCACCAUCGCCAGCCUGGUCAACCUCAAAGAGCUGGACAUCAGUAAAAAUGGUAUCCAGGAGUUUCCAGACAAUAUCAAAUGCUGUAAAGGUCUGUCUGUGGUGGAGGCCAGUGUCAACCCAAUCACCAAACUCCCAGAUGGUUUCACGCAGCUCCUGAAUCUGACCCAGCUCUUCUUGAACGAUGCCUUCCUGGAGUACCUGCCGGCUAACUUUGGCAGACUCUCCAAACUACGGAUCCUGGAGCUGAGGGAGAACCACCUGAAGACCAUGCCAAAGUCCAUCCACAGACUGACACAGUUGGAGCGGUUGGAUCUGGGUAGCAACGAAUUCUCUGAGAUGCCAGAGGUGUUGGAACAAAUCCACAACUUGAGGGAGCUGUGGCUGGAUAACAACUCCCUACAGUCGAUACCAGGGUCGCUAGGGAAGCUUCGCCAGUUGCGAUACCUGGACUUGGCAAAGAAUCGCAUCGAGACGUUGGACACGGACAUUUCCGGCUGCGAGUCCUUAGAGGACCUGCUGCUCUCCUCCAACAUGCUGCAGCACCUCCCUGACACUAUAGGAAUGUUGAAGAAGCUGACAACACUGAAGGUGGAUGACAACCAGCUGACCUCACUGCCUAACACCAUCGGGAGUGCGAAGCCCAAGCAAGGUCUGUCUCUGUUGGAGGAGUUGGACUGCAGUUGUAACGAGUUGGAGUCCUUGCCCCCCACCAUCGGGUACCUGCACAGCCUGAGGACCUUCGCCGCCGACGAGAACUUCCUGGCGGAGCUGCCCCGGGAGAUCGGCAAUUGUAAGAACGUGACGGUGAUGUCGCUGCGGUCCAACAAACUGGAGUUUCUUCCGGAUGAGAUCGGACAGAUGACCAAACUACGAGUCCUCAACCUCAGCGACAACAGGUUAAAGAAUCUACCGUUUACCUUCACUAAGCUGAAAGACCUGGCAGCUCUGUGGCUUUCUGACAAUCAGUCCAAGGCUCUGAUCCCUCUGCAGACAGAAGCCCACCCAGAAACCAAACAGAAGGUUUUGACCAACUACAUGUUUCCUCAGCAACCACGACAUGAUGAGGAUUACCAGUCGGACAGUGACAGCUUCAAUCCCACUCUGUGGGAGGAGCAGCGACAGCAGAGGAUGACCGUGGCGUUUGACUUUGAGGACAAGAAGGAAGAGGAGGACAACUCUGGGAAGGUCAAGGUGGAGAUAAACCUCAAGCGCUACCCAACGCCCUAUCCCGAGGACCUGAAGAACAUGGUCAAGUCGGUGCAGAGCCUUGUGGGCAAAAGCGCACACGCGGGACACGGGCACCAGCACCAGCACCAGCACCAGCACCAACACCAGCACCAGCACCAGCACCAGCACCAGCUGAGCACAGGCACUGCCACGUCGGCAGGAACCAACAUGGAACACACGCACCUCAGCAAAGAACCGUACGAACCGCCGUGGCCGCUACCACCUAAAGAGGUGACGGACAGAGAGAUGCAGGACUUCUCUCAGUCUCAGCUCAUGGAUCAGGGAUCGAUGCACAACUCUGGCAUCGACAUUCCCAAGAGGAAAGACAAAGAGGACCUGACGGAGAGCUCAGAGGACUCGAUGGGCGGCUCCCCCAACGACAUCCGCAUCUCCGACAUGAGGCCCACCCUGGUGGAGCCUCCCAUGUACAAGCCGAAGGUGGUGCUGCUGGGCAAAGACAAGAAAGAAUCGACGGACGAGGAGAUGGAUAAGCUCCACUGUCUGAACCACAGCGGCUCCUCGGCCACCUACUCCGACUACUCCCCCUCGCAGGGCUCCUCGGGCUCCUCCAACCCUCCCGCCAACACGCACUCGCACACGCACACGCACCCGCACACGCACCCCCACCCGCACUCCCACGCGCACCCGCACUCUCACGCGCACCCGCACCCUCCCGCGCUGCCGGCCCCCAACAAGGACCAGGCACCUCAGACACACUGGACCAACAGACUGGCUCAGUCGUUCCCCAAGCCCAUCGAUUCCAAGCCCCUGCUAUCUCAGAGAGAAACCCCUCCAUCGGGAACCCUGCAGCAGCGCGGCGAUCGGCGGCCACUCAGCGAGCCUUUCGACUGGGCCGAGGCUCCCCACUACGACAACACGGGCUUCGACGCCGAGGAGUCUCCCAUGGACCCGUCGUCAUCUUCUGGGAGUCAGGGGAACCCCCCGCUGGGCUCCAAGCCCCGCAGCCAGUCGACGCACGGACGCCGCCCGCUCCUCAGGCAAGAGCGGAUCGUGGGCGUUCCCCUGGAGCUGGACACCUCCACGCUGCCCUUCCACGGCAACCAACGCUCCGGCCCGGACAAUGACCCGCAGUCCUCCGCAUCGUCCCAGAACCCGUGGCAGAAUUGGACCCGAACCCCGAGCCCGCUGGAGGACAGAACCGCUUUCCCCUCCAAGCUGGACCUGACGCCCACGUCCAGCCCCAACCCCGACCGCAAGGAUCCAACAAUCAGACAGAUGCUGGAACAAGGUGCGGGGCCUUUGCCCGGCAGCUGGACGUACCACGACAAUCAGGGCGAGCAGAACAGGAAGGAUCAGCUCAGCGUCGGUGGCGGCGGCGGCGGCGGCAACAAGGUGACGGUGGUGAUGAGCAAGAGCUCGGACCGCCUGUCCCCCAUGAUGAAGGAGACGAGGUCCAAGUUCAAGAAGUCGCAGAGCAUCGACGAGAUUGACAUCGGCUCCUACAAGGUCUACAGUAUUCCCAUGGAGAGCUACAGUUCGUCCAUUGAGCAGCAGACCAGUUUGGACCGUCCGGACAUGGCCGGUUCUAUGGAGCAGACCAGCAUGUCUCGAUCGCAGUCUGCCCCCAUGUUGGACGACGAGAUGGGCUACCCAGGCCACGGCAACCACAACCAGUCAGGACAGAACCAAAAACCUGCCAUCCCGCACAAAGCCUACCACUUCGACCAGAACUACAAUCCCCAGGUGACCAUGGACCGCCGGGUGCCUCCCCCCUUCCCCAACACACCGGACUACGUCAACCACGCGUCCAAGGCCUUGGAGUACCUAAACCAGCCGGGCAAGACGUUGCCGAAGGAGUUGGUGAGCCCUCGGUAUCGCGCGUACCCACCGCUGGAGAUGUUCUCUUUCCCCCAAUCGCCCAUCAACCAGGACGGUCCGCCCAGCCAGCAGCAGCAUCAGCAGCAUCAGCAGCAUCAGCAGCAUCAGCAGCAGCAGCAGCAGCAGCAGCAGCCAAUCCCCACACAGCGCUCCAGGCCGGGGUUUCUGAGGAGAGCGGAUUCGUUGGUGAGCUCCACGGAGCUGGCCUUGUUCCGCAGAGUGCACGAAGCCCAGCAGGAGGCGCUGCAGGAGGCCCAGUACAGACAGCAGAUGGACCCCCCUCUCUACAGCCGGGCCCUUGCCUACUCCAGCCCCAUGGAGCACUCUGCCCUCGCCAACAUGGCCGACAGCCAGAGCCAGAUGCUGCACAACAAGAGGAACGGCCGCUACGACGACGACUACACCAACUACCAGGAGCAGAAGAAGCCCAUGAUCGGCUACCCGACCAAGAGCCUGACUCAGCGGCGCCCCCUGUCUGCCCGGAGCUACAGCACCGAGACCUACGGAGCAUCUCAGGCCCGUCCGGUGUCGGCUCGUCCCACCAUGGCCGCCCUGCUGGAGAAGAUGCCCCCGGACUACACGCUGGCCACCUGCCCCGAGAAACCCUCGGACGACACCAUCAAAGUAAGACCCGUCGUGCCACAGAAGCCCGAAGACAUCACCUCCAAGAUGCCUGCCGACUGGAGGCAGCAGCUGCUCAGGCACAUAGAGGCCAAGCGAUUGGACAGGAGUGGUGUCCUAAAGCACAACACGCUCACGCUGGGCAUGCUCUGUCAGGGCGGGGGUCACGGCCAGGGGCGCAGCAGCACUUUGAACUUUAACCUUUACAAUAACACUAAGCAUGAGCCCCCGGCCGGCCGCUGGCUGCCACUGCCUCCUCCGCCGUCCGCCAACACUACUCCUUCUCAGCAGGCCGCCAUGCUGGAUAAUGACCAGGAGGGGGUGUCAGGGAGCAACCAGUGGGCUCCCUACUCGCUCGGCAGGAGGGACGUCCCGCCUGAAAACCUCAUGAAAAAGAGCGGCCACUCCCACAACCCCUCCCACCAGUCACACAACACCAUGAUCGUCACUUCCUCGUCCUCCUCCUCGUCCACGACGCCUCAUCGCGUGGUCGCGCAGCAGGGCUACGACGGGAUGAUGACCAAAGGCGUCCAAUACCAGCCGGGGAUGCCCCUGUCAGUCGUCCCCUCCGGGGGGCCGGGGCAGUACCAGGGCAACAUGGUUCAAGCCCAUCCAGCUGCAGGUCAGGGUUACUCCAGCUCCGGCAUGCCCAUGGCCCUGUCCCCGUCCGGCAACCAGCCCCAGUACAACCCCCACGGCUCCCACGGCUCCCACGGCUCCCACGGCUCCCAUCAGCCCUCCCUCCCCGCCACCAACCCCCAGUACCACGGCAACCAGGGCAUGGUCCACAGCAACCAGGUUGUCAUGAACACGCACACCAACCCACGGCCUCAGAGCGCUCGCUGCCUGCUGCAGACCAAAGGCCAGAAGAGCACGGACGGUUUCCAGGAACAGUUGUGUGUGAGAAUAGAGAAGAACCCCGGUCUCGGUUUCAGUAUCUCUGGUGGCAUCAGUGGCCAGGGGAACCCCUUCAAACCCUCCGACAUGGGUAUCUUUGUUACUAGGGUACAGCAUGACGGGCCCGCCGCCUCCGCCCUGCAGCCGGGAGACAAGAUACUGCAGGCUAACGGACAUAGUUUUUUACACAUGGAGCACGAGACAGCCGUCUCUCUGCUGAAGAGUUGCCAGCGGACGGUGGACUUGGUGGUUCUGAGAGACAGCAGCAUGCGCUAAAAAACAAAAAAUAGUUUUAUAACAAACAAACAAACACAACGAAACGACAACAACAACGCUUCUCUUUUCGCUGCCCGUCGCCAUCCCACGCCACCGCCGCCCACCGAGGCUCGUGGAACUGAGGGAAAAACUUUCUCUUUUCUUUUCUCUUCUUUUUUUUUUUGUUGUACCUCUGUAGGGGAACACACAGAGACAUUGAUUUGCCUAUUGCUGGACCAAAGGCGAAUACCGGUGCCAAAUGUACCAUAGGGAACAUGUCGGCUCUUCUGUCCGCCGACGGUCAGGGCCCCCCCGCCGACGGUCAGGGGCCCCCCCGCCGACGGCCGGGCGGACCGCGGACGCGACUCUGGACUCGGGGGUCCCCCCACAGGGCUGCUGCGGUUCGGGGUUCUGUGGUCGUCGGGUUGCUCGGGGCAGUCGUCGGAUCGAUCCGCCCGAGUUCUUUGCUUUUGUCGGGCGGUUUGUGUUCGGGGCCCCGGAUUUCAUUGCUUUUCCUCCACUGCUUUUCUUUCUUUCAUUUUCUGAAAGGUUGUUCUGCGCAGCGCUGUCCACGAUCCCCGUCGUCCUUCCUGUCCGUCUCCUCUUUGGCUGCGGCCUUCUGCUUUUUCCCCCCUCUUUUGCCUUCUUCCACUUUCACGCGUUUUAUUGCCGCUCUUCUGUUUUUUGUUUUUUUCUAUUGCUUUUGUUUGUGUGCGCGCGCCUGCAGUGUAGAGAAAUUGAACAUCGUAAGACUUUCAUGCCUUGUGUACAUACACAGAAGAGCAGCAGCCUUCUUCUGGAGCUGCACUCUCUCUCCGGGGGGCCUGGACAGGCCGCUCUACGAGUUUAGGAUUAAUAUACGUAUCGUUUAGAAAAACUCUCUCUUACGAACAUCUCCAGGGAUCAUUUCUCCCCGAAUGGACGAUUUUCUAAAGUACAUGCCGCUGAGUUGAAAAAAAUUCGUUCCCCCUCGCCCAUUUCUGCUUUUUUUUGUUGUUUGUUGUUUUUAAAAAAAAUGUAUUUAAUUUUUUUCAAACUGUUGCAGUGCUGAAAAAAAGAGCCCAAGCAAUAUUUCUGAGGCUCGGCCCAUUGAGCUCCUCAGUGGAGUCCGACGUGUCCUGCAGUGCCAUCCACCGAGCGAGGCAUGCUCAUGUUUACACACACACACACACACACACACACACACACACACACACUGCCGUGCACAUGAACUGGCAUACACACACACAUGCGCAACACUGCACAUGCACUGUCCAUCUUUUUAGCCUGAUUGCGAUCAUAAAGCCACUCCCACACGCUGGUAACAUUAUUCACAAUAUUCGUGCCGUAUUUUCUAGUUUCCAACACCGUCGCGUUCCUUCUCCUAACUGUUCCCGUUGUGCGGUGGUCACGGCACGGCACGGCACGGCAGGGCACUGACUUCCAGUCGAGGCCGGUGUGCUAAAGUCGCCCCCCCCCCCCCCCCCCCCCCCCCCGGCGCGUGGCCCAGGUCCGGUGUGCUCACCUUCGAGAGGAGCAUGUGGGACUUCAGUGAGUAGGGAAGGGGGUUUGGCGUGGCCGUCAGCGGGGGUCACGGCCUCGGGCCUCCCUGUGGAAAGACACCAGAGAAGGGGGAGCGUCCCCGCGAGAAUCGAUAGACGCGCGUGUUAGUGUCUUAAUGGGUCAAAUCUGUUAACGAUUCCGAUUUUUCCUCUCCGAGACAAUCACGACAAAGAUCCGACCUCUGUCUCAAAGGCUUUUUUGGCUACACUUGAAAUUUCCGUGUGACUUUUUUAUUUUUAUUUUUAUUAUUUAUUUAUUUUAAACCUGAGAGUUGACACGGUGCACAGGGGAAUUUUAGAUAUAUAUAUAUAUUUUUUUUGUCAAUUUCUUUUUUCGGGACUCACCUGUGGACUUGAUCAGGUUAUUAUUACUAAUAGGACGUUACAUAGAGCAGGGAAGGGAAAAAAAAAGAAAGUGUUCCAGACUCCAGAUCCAGAUGAGGAAGUUUCUGGCCAAUAGGCUGGAGUCGUGAAAAUGCGAUGAAGAAAAAUCCAGCCUUCGAUUGUCACGCCACAGAGAUACUUAGGUAUCGAUGCGACGGAAGGGGAAGAGAGAGUGAACGGGUUCAUUUUCUGUCUUGGUGCAAAUGAAACACGCGUCCGCGACGCAAACGUCCCUCACCGGCUCUUUUUGCUUUGCUCGCUUGACACGACGCCGUCGUCCUGUGUCCAUUUUGUGUCACCUACCCCCCCCCCCCCCCCGACACGCAUCAGAACUCCAACACAACGGACACAAAAUGGCACAGAUCAGUCGCGUGGUUGUGACGUCGACCACCGGUUCCCACCCCAUGUAGAGUUUGAAAUAUCAAAGAUAUUGUGACGCCAACGGGCGGAGAAGAGGAAGAGAAAAAAACAAAAGGUUUGAUAAUAUAAUUAUUUUUUACUACAUGUUUCAGGUAAUUCUUUCUAAAUAUAUUGAUAUACCUUAGCUUUGCUCAAAAAUUGUGAUAUUUUAUAAUGACACUUAUGACAAAGGUUAUGGACGGAGGCACGCACAGUGCGACUUGGAGACCUACACAUGUACUUAUCCAAAAAAACCUGUAUAAAAUGUAUUUCUACUGUAAUUGUGAAUUUUGUGUUAUACAAAUAUAUAUUAUAUAUAUAUAUAAAUAUAUGUACAUGGCUAUAGAAACGGUCAUUCUUUUUUUUUUUUCUAUGUGUUUAAACUACAUAAGAGCCGGACAAGAAACGCUGAGGACGGUGUGACUGUACAUAGCUGUGAAUGAGGUCCAGUUUUCAAAAUGAUUCAUAUUGAUCGUGAAUGUACUCAUGCUUUCUGCAGUACCUACACCUUCCCAACUUGAAUGCUGCUUCUUCUGUUGUGUGACAUUUAAAAAAAAAAAGAAAAAAAAAAGUACUUUGACCUCCGGGGGGAGGGAGAGGGAGAGGGAGAGAGAGAGAGAGAGAGAGAGAGAGAGAGAGAGAGAGAGAGAGAGAGAGAGAGAGAGAGAGAGAGAGAGAGAGAGAGAGAGAGAGAGAGAGAGAGAGAGAGGUCAGUUGGACGAGCUUUAGUGGCGAUUUAACAGAACAAUUUCUUUCUUUAUUUAUUUGCACAUGCAAGUUGAAAUCCUUCCAGUUUUAAGUUUUGAGUAUUAACGCGGAGAAAUGUAAUUGCUGAAGUAUAUAUAAUAUAUAUCAUGUGUUUAGAAUGCAUUUUGCAGAACGCUAUCUGUACAUACUAUUUAAGAUACAGUUUUUACAAAAAAAAAAAAAAGUCAUAUAUGUAUAAAAUUGAAAAGAUGCUGUGCAGCGGUUGUACUGGAGCCAUUUUGGGCUUUGGGACGUACCAUUUUUUCAGUAUAUAAGAAGUGUUUUGAAUAAUGUACUAAAGUCUCUAUUGUACAAAUAAUAAAAAUGUCACUAUUGGUAA